AUGCUGUGCAACCCGACAAGGCAGCCCGGCGCUCCCCAUCUUCCUCCAAGCCCGUAUCGAUAUUACCCUCCACGACCUGUUAAGCAUUCCUCAGCUCCGCCGAUACCUUCUAACGCCACGUCUUUGCAAACGUAUCACGACCCUGAUUCUCACCAUCAUGCACCAAAGCCUUAUCAUCCUUACAUACAGCAACAGCAACAGCCGCCUCCCGCUCCGUCGCUGGCGCAUCCAGCGCAUCACCCAGAAACGUCGUAUGGCUCAAGAGACACUCCCAUAGAACGGGGCCGUACUGAGGAUGGACACCAACCUAACUCGACGGACCAUGAGCCCGAAGGGAUGUCGUCAACACCGCAGCUCCCGCCGACUUCGCUCCCACCACCACCACCUCCUGGCGCAUAUCCGGAUAAUCCACCGCGACACAUGAAUUACGAGAGUGCGCCUUCCAUGCCCCCAGCCCCGGGUGUCUAUCAUGCGCCUAGCUUUCCACCGCCGACUCCUGUGCCUCAUCAGACAUACUACGAGCUACAUGGAGGCUACACCUCAGGGCACGAGCCGUUCUACAGUGUCUAUUCGUCGUCCGUCCCUUCCAAGAAGAAGUAUAUACGAGCUUCUCAGGCGUGUGACCAUUGCCGACAGCUAAAGGCUAAGUGCGACGAGAAGAAACCAUGCAAAACGUGCAACGAAAAAGGCGUGGAAUGCAUAUACCGCGAACCAGUUCCCAAGGCUACGGACAAGGCCCAAGCCGAUAUUCUAGCCAGUCUCAGUACGGUUCAGACUUCACUUAAUUCGAUUAUGUCGCAUCUGGGGCCGUUCGACCAAAGGCUGAUCAAGAUGGAGUCACUAUUGCUGGAGCACAUUGCGACAUCAGCGCUGGAGGCAGAAACAUCGGUGGGUGACGAGUACAAACGUGCGCCAGCAUCGCCUUACGUCACCAACGGUGCCGACCCUUACUAUAACGAUGGCUACCGUAAUCAUCCAUCAUCAGAGCCUAUGCCCCUACAUAUGAUGGCCGAGGAUGAGAUGGAGGUUGAGCCUGGCCCGCCUGUACCCCCUGGAGAGCCUGCCAUUCCUAUCAACCAUACGACUUUGGCAGGGUUGGUUUUGGACUGGCCUGGGGCUCGUGACCUUACCAGACAUCGCAUUGAGCGUGAAGGCAUUCAGUACAUCAGCGAAUAUCCUAUCAGCCAGGAACAUAACAGGGGCGCCUUGAUCGUGUAUGGACGGGGUGAAGAUUCUCACUCAUGGCGACACAUUCGAGAACCGACCGAUCAUGGCAACGUGGAUAUGGCCGACAAUUCAUCGGACAUGUCAUCUCCUUCGCCAGCAGCUGAUUGGGGCCAGCUUGGAGAACUUAGCCCUCCGGAUCAAGUGGAAUACAAAGGUGGUGUUUUGGCACUUGAUGGGAAUCCCGAUUUCUCUAAGUCGAAAGUAUGGGCGUAUGUGAAAAGUUUCAAGGAAAACAUUCUCAACAUGCACCCUAUUAUCCAACCCAAGCUCUUAGACUAUUGGGUCUCGCACUUUCUGGAUAGUCUGCCAGUAUCACAGCCAAGCUCGACAAAGCAACUAACCUCCAAGCCCAUCUUUGCCGCUGGAGGAGGCUUGCAGGUGCCAGAAACUGCAGGCUCAAAGAGAAAACGAUCGUCAGGCAAGGAUGGUUCCAAGCCACUACGCACUGGUCGACCAGAUCGGUCCAUCCACAGUGCUUUAGUUCUCAUAGUUCUGGCUUUGGGUAAGGUCUGCCUGCACCGAGGUAACGUGCCCGACGUCGUCCAUCCCACAGAGCCUCUUCUCCAUGGUAGCCUGGCUGUUGGCAGUGGGGCCAUCCCACAAUCGCCCAGCCAGGGUUUUCCUCCAGGAUAUUCAUCCUACCCGCACUCAUCACGUCUACCCUCACCCAAUGAGCAGGACAGGAACAUUCACAGCCGCCGGUCCUCGAUUCACGACGUGGGUGGUUUCCGCUAUGGCUACAGCUUUAAGCAGAACCAUGAGGCGAUACCUGGCUUAGAAUAUUUCGCAUACGCUACAGAUAUUCUUGGGAACCACCUCGGCGCAUACAACAGCAUGAAGCAUGUGUAUGCCAAUAUUUUCGCUGGAUUGUAUCAUGGUCAGCUGGGCAGACCGAUGGAGGGUUUUUCUUAUAUCCACAAGGCCAGUCACAAUUUGCAGGUCAUCAUGAUACCGAGCUUGGACAAGAUGAGGAGAAUCAAGCGCAAUAGCGAGUUAAUUCAGGAUCCCAAAUACAAUCAGCUUGCUCUGACAUUCUGGACUUGCCUGCAGCUUGAGAGCGAUCUCAUCGCGGAGCUGCCACUCCCACCGUCAGGACUGCUCUCCAUUCAUCGAAUUUUCUACGCCCCUGAAGAUCCGGCCAAGGCAGGCAAUGACAAGUUCAGGGACGUCGGCAUCGUUUCUGACGCUGUCUCGGGCAUGGGCUGGGUUGCCCCCAGCUUUGCAUUCAAGGAGGAUGACCCACCGGCCCAUGAUAUCUUGGCCGCAAGAUUGCGUGCAAAGUACUGGGGUGCAGAGGUGACUACUUACCGCCCGUUCAUCCACCAAAUUCUGCAAUUCUCGCACUCGAUCAAGAACUACGCCUCGAGCCCCAAAUUUCCGUCCGGCAGCUCCGAGUUCCGACAGGAUGUCACGGCACCCGUCAUUCACCCCAAAGCCAGAACGCACGGCGAUAUCGACCCUCGGGUCGUAGAGUUGGCCAAAAAGGGCAUCAAGGCGCUUAUUGAAAGUACCCGUGCCUUCCAUGGUCUCGGAGACAAGAGGCCGAUAAUCACCAACAUCUUCGGCACAGCUCAUGCACAAUGGGGCAACCUGUUGGUUCUCUCAGCUGCGUUCCGUGAUCCUGUGCUUCACACUUUUGUGGAUGAGGAACUGUUGCGAACACUUUUCCACAAGACAAUCCAGUUCCUCCGACAGUCGGCAACAGCAACGAGCGCACUUCGAACUGAUAUGCACAUUCUUGAGGGCCUGCAAAGAGAUCUCUUCAGUUAUAAUCCCAGGACCAACUCAAGCUUCUCAAGGGAUACAGGCGCAUUUGGCUGCCAUAACUCGGAAGCUGCUCACAUGGCAACGCCGCCUCAGAUGCUUUAA